AACUCACGUGAAUUGUCAGCUGCUUCUUCUGGGUGUUCUGCCGUUCUGCGAGCUGUGAAGAUGUCGUACAAGGGUGGAAUUGGUGCUAAACAAGCUCUAAAAGAGCAUGUUUUAGUAGUUUCAAGAGAUUUCAUCUCUCAGCCCCGCUUAACAUACAAGACAGUAUCCGGUGUAAAUGGUCCUCUGGUUAUCCUUGAUGAAGUCAAGUUCCCCAAGUUUGCUGAGAUUGUACAACUCCGUCUCGCAGAUGGAACCAUCCGCUCUGGUCAGGUUCUGGAAGUCAGUGGCUCCAAGGCUGUUGUACAGGUGUUUGAGGGCACCUCUGGAAUUGAUGCCAAGAACACACUUUGCGAGUUCACUGGUGACAUCCUGAGGACUCCAGUGUCUGAAGACAUGUUGGGGCGUGUAUUCAACGGCAGCGGCAAGCCCAUUGACAAGGGACCUCCCAUUCUUGCCGAAGACUACCUGGACAUCCAAGGUCAGCCCAUUAACCCCUGGUCUCGAAUCUAUCCUGAGGAAAUGAUCCAGACUGGUAUUUCUGCCAUAGACGUGAUGAACUCCAUUGCUAGAGGUCAGAAGAUCCCCAUCUUUUCGGCUGCUGGUCUGCCACACAAUGAAAUUGCCGCCCAAAUCUGUAGACAGGCUGGGUUGGUAAAGCUGCCAGGUAAAUCAGUCUUGGACGAUCAUGAGGACAACUUCGCCAUCGUGUUUGCUGCUAUGGGUGUCAACAUGGAGACAGCCCGAUUCUUCAAGCAAGAUUUCGAGGAAAAUGGAUCCAUGGAGAACGUGUGCCUUUUCUUGAACUUGGCUAAUGAUCCAACCAUCGAGCGUAUCAUCACACCUCGACUGGCCCUGACAGCCGCAGAGUUCUUGGCAUAUCAAUGUGAGAAGCACGUGUUGGUCAUCCUGACCGAUAUGAGCUCCUACGCUGAGGCUCUGCGAGAGGUAUCAGCUGCCCGAGAGGAGGUGCCCGGCCGACGAGGAUUCCCCGGUUACAUGUACACUGACUUGGCCACCAUCUACGAGCGUGCGGGACGAGUUGAGGGCAGGAACGGAUCCAUCACCCAGAUCCCCAUCCUAACUAUGCCUAACGAUGACAUCACUCACCCUAUUCCCGAUCUGACUGGGUACAUCACAGAGGGACAAAUCUACGUUGACCGUCAGCUGCACAACAGGCAAAUCUACCCACCCAUCAAUGUACUGCCCUCCCUCAGCCGUCUUAUGAAGUCUGCUAUCGGCGAGGGAAUGACUCGCAAGGAUCACUCUGACGUAUCCAACCAACUGUAUGCUUGCUACGCCAUCGGUAAGGAUGUACAAGCCAUGAAGGCCGUCGUUGGUGAGGAAGCCUUGACACCUGAUGAUCUGCUGUACCUCGAAUUCCUCACCAAAUUUGAGAAGAACUUCAUCUCUCAAGGUAACUAUGAGAACCGUACAGUAUUCGAGUCACUGGACAUCGGUUGGCAGCUGCUCCGUAUCUUCCCCAAGGAGAUGCUCAAGCGUAUUCCUGCCACUACACUGGCAGAAUUCUAUCCCAGAGAUUCCCGCCACACUCAGCCUAAGUAGAUUAAAGAUAUUCAUGGUGCGCACACACGCUCAAUGAAGCCACAUUCCAUCAAAAACUCUUAGUACUUUUGUGAAUAGUACUUAUCAUUGGAUCAUGUAUAUAUUAUUUGAAAACAUUGAAAAUGUGUUAAACGCAGUCCCCUUGCUAGUGAAUUGUCAGACUUUAUGUGCUUAAAAUCACUAUUCUUUCAGAUAUAACUUUGCUUUGCAUUAAAGUUACAUUGAUUGUUACUAUUGUAUUAAAUAAUUUUAUUGUUAGUUUAUUGAGUACGGAUUAUUUUAUUUUUUUACUAUACUAUAAAAGGAUUGUUAAUGGAAAUUAAUAUUUUAUGAAUUUUAAUAGUGUUACUAGAAAUGUUUUUCGGUAAUACUUAAUUUUUAAAGAUUCCCUAUUAAAAUGACAAUACAGAAAGAGAGUUUAUGGGUUGAAACAAUGUCAGUAUUCUUGUGUCGUAGUUUUGGUGUCUGGGUAAAACAGUCCAUUGUGUCAUUGUAUUUAUAGCUUCCAUUGUUUUAAGUUCAUUGUACUCAUGUAUUUAAGACAAAUAUUGUAUCAUAAAAUAUAAAAUGUUAAAUGUU